CCCCUCUUGUUUGAUUUAAGGGGAGUGCUCCCCCCACUCCGGCUUUAUAAACAGCAGGGCUUGACGCUCUGUUUAUGUGGGGCACAGGAGAGAGAGUGGACAGUGCUUGGGUGCAGCCUGCCAGGGGGAGGGACAAUGAGCGCUGUCUCGUUGCUGUACGCCGCCCUGCCAGGUCUGCUCUGGGCCUCGCAUGUCAGCCUGCUUGUGGAGGGGGACAAUGACGCCUCCAGGAUCUGCAAGCCGGCCCCCCACUGGACGAUAAAGGAGCGCGCACCCAUGCAAGAGCUGCUGGGAAAUGUGGUCGUGGUGGCGCUUCUCAAGGCCAGCUGACAGUUCUGUCUCACUCAGGCCUCCAAGAUCGGAGGCCUGCGUGACAAGCUGAACCGCAGCAACCUGACAGACGUGUCUUUUAUGAUAGUGAAUGAGCGCGAGCCUCACUCCAGAGCCAUGUACUGGGAGCUGAAGAGGAGAGCGCCCCCUGGUGUCCCCGUCUACCAGCAGGCUGCCCUUCAGAGUGAUGUGUGGGAGGCCCUGGAUGGGGACAAAGACGACUUCCUGGUCUACGACAGGUGCGGUUUGCUCACCUUCCACAUUGUGCUGCCGUACAGUUUCCUGCAUAACGUCUAUGUAGAGGCUGCAAUCAGAGCUACUUAUCUUAAAAACAUCUGUAAUUGCACUGUGGAUUCUGUUGUAUCAAGUUUAAACAAUAGCGUCAUGAACAACGAGACAGACUUUAAUGUCAGCCAGACCAAUGCAACACCCAGAAUUCAACCGGACACAAACGAUCCAGAGGGGGCCGGGACACCUCCUCCACCGACUCAUCACCACAGCCAUCAUCAUCAUCAUCAUCAUCAACAUCAUCAUCCUCAUCAUCCUCAUCAUGCUCACCUGAAUCAACCUCUGCAUGAUACGAGUCAGAAUAUAACUCGUCAUCCUCUCAGUGUCCACCACCACCACCACCCUCAUCAUCAUCAUCAGCAGCAGCAGCAGCCUGGCAACCACAGUGGGACGGCGGUGGAUCAUUAGGAAGUGUUUGGAGCAGUGUUUGGAGCUGCAUCUCUUUGAGCAGCAUUGCGAUUGGGGUUUCGUCUGAGAGCACCUCCACGCCUCAGUCCUCAGCCUGGGUGACGUAGCCGGUGCUUCCCCAUCUACUCUCAUUAAUGAAGUCCAUGGUGUGAAACCUGCCCGCAGGACGCUGUGGACGGAUGUGUGUGUGUGGAGAGAAGGGGCGUGCUGGUUAUGGUCACCCAGACGGAGUGAGAGGGUGGUGUGCGCUGCUAGCGAGCCCCGGUCACUUUACUACCCCAAUGUUCUUCUGUCCAUCCUGUGACACUGUGCUAAUAAUAAUAAUAAUAUUAAUACCUUUUUACUUGUAAUUUCCUAAAUGCAUGUUUUAACGGUGGCAGAAUAAAUUAGAUUAGUAUCCAAUUAAUUAUUAGAGGCUAUAAAUUGCCCCGGCAAGCCCAUUCUUCACUUGUUCUUCAAAUGUAGUAAUACUGGGUUGAAAUACCCCACGUUACUACGUUAGAUCAAAUUAGCAUAUUUGCUGUGGAUUUAAAACUUUUCUGAAUGUAGAUGUUACCUCUAGAUUGUUGUUCUCCAUUAAAAGGGAAAAUACAUUUGA